GCUGUGUCGCUGCAGCAGGAGAUAACCUCCUGACAGUUGGGUCGACUCCUUCUGAGCCUCAGAGUUUCUGAGCCCUCUGAGCUGCUAGAUGCUGAUCUGCAGGCGCCAUGGUGCUGAAGAUCUUCUUCCCGCAGUGCUGUAACCGGGCCGACAGCGGGCUGCUGGUGGGCCGCUGGAUCCCCGGGCACGACUCGGCGGUGGUUCUGGCGGUCAUUCAUUACCCGUUCAUCCCGGCUCAGGUCAAACAGUACAUCCAGCAGAUCCAGAGGCAGAGCGGGGAGGAGCUGUCGGUGCUGGGCUCCUGGAGUUUACCCAAAGAAGGUCAGGAGGGCCUGGAGAGCUUCCUCCGGGAUCUGAGCACCAUCUUCCCACAGGAACGCUGGCUUCAGAUCAGCCGGACGAUGGGAAAGAUGGGCUUCACCUGUGACAUCCUGGACCGGAGUCCGAGAGCUGCUGGGCAGGAGAACGAAAAGCCGAGCAGGCCUGAGGAAGAGGAGGACGAAGAGAAGGUGGUCUUCGUUCACUACGAGCAGAGGAAGGUGAUGCUGUCUCAGCUUCACCCCGUCCAGCUGGAGGACGCCAAAGCUGCAGCUGCUUCUGAGCUCAGACAGGUGUUCCAGACGGUGGCCCGCAGCCAGCCGCUCUUCUUCCUGGACAGGUACGACGACGGGCCGCUGAGGUCGACCCACUGGCAGACGGAGGGCCGAGAGGGCAGCAUCGUGGUGGAGCUGCUGAAGCGGGCGUCCGUGCCGCUUUGCCUGCUCCUCAGCUGGCUGCUGUCCGUCUGGACGCGGUUCUGCCGCCUUCGGAUCUUCAGGAUCUUCCCGCUGAGCUUCCUGUCCUCCAAACUGUCCACCUGCGUCCAGCUGAGCUUCAGAACCGAGCACCUGCGGUCCAUCAGCUCCCCGACGGCGGCCGGCGGUCACUCUGAGUUCAUGAGGAAGGCCAACGUGGUGGUGUCUCUGCUGGUGGACGUGGCGCUCGGCGUCCUCCUCAUGUCGUGGCUCUACCGGGACGGGCACGUCGCUGCGCUGGCCAACGCGCUCGUGCCUGCAGCAGACCGUGUGGCCACAGAGCUGGAGCAGCUGCUGCAGUGGCUGAUGGGAGCUCCGGCAGGACUCAAGAUGAACCGGGCCCUGGACCAGGUUUUGGGCCGCUUCUUCCUGUACCACAUCCACCUGUGGAUCAGUUACAUCCACCUGCUGGCGCCGUUCGUGGAGCAGAUCCUGUGGUACGGCGGUCUGUCGGCCGGCCUGGGCCUCACCUUCGCGCUGUCGCUGCUGUCCGACAUGGUGGCGCUGCUCACCUUCCACAUCUACUGCUUCUACGUGUACGGAGCCAGGCUCUACUGCAUGAAGAUCUACGGUCUGUCGUCUCUCUGGAGGCUCUUCCGGGGGAAGAAGUGGAACGUCCUGCGGCAGAGGGUGGACUCGUGCUCCUACGACCUGGACCAGCUCUUCAUCGGGACGCUGCUCUUCACCGUCCUGCUCUUCCUCCUGCCCACCACAGCGCUCUACUACCUGGUCUUCACGCUGCUGCGCCUGGGGGUGGUGCUGUUCCAGGGCGUCCUCCACCUCAGCGUGGACUUCAUCAACUCCUUCCCGCUCUUCGCUCUGGGCCUGCGCAUCUGUCGGCCCUACAGACUGGCAGAGGGGGUGAAGUUCAGGGUUCUGUGUGAGGAGCCAGGCUCCGCCCUCCACCUGCUGAUGGAGAUCAACCCUCUGAGCUGCAGCGCCGCGGUCCGGACCUACCGCACCCCCACCUACAGCUGCUACCCCCGGGACUCGUGGGCGGCGCUGGUCAAGAAGCUGUUCGUGGGGGAGCUGGUGUAUCCAUGGAAACACAAAAGCACCAAAGCGGACUGAGGGCGGAGCGACAGCCGAGAGUCGCCAGCGGCUGAAUUUAACCCUUAAAACAUGAACUUUGUCUGUUUGGACCGCGACGGUGAAGAGAUUAGUUUAGAUGUCUCUGAUUCUAACAGCAGCAGCUUCAGUUCAAACAGAAAUCUCUUUAUUUUAGUAAAGCUAGAAAUGUUUCAUUAACAAGAUUUAUCUUGUAACAUAGAAGUCGUUUGAUCCAAGUUGAAAGAUGAAAUCUGUUUUAUAAUAAACUUCAUUUUUACAUUAUAUUUAAGUUAA